UUUAUGAGAAUCACAAGUGCCGGGGCCUGGGAUACAGGAAGAACAGGAGCUGCGGUGGCUUGGCUGACACCCGGGCCAUUUCCUGAGUUCUGGCAGUCUCCCGGUCGCAAGGCCCUGGAUUUUCCCCCACCCUCCAGUGUGGAUUUCUCCCUUUCAAAAAAGGCUAACAGACUCUCCCAGGGUAGUGGUGUGUGGUCCCCCCGACCCCUGUGCCGCCUUCAGAGAGCUGCUUUGAAAAGAAUCUAAGCAUGGGGCAGACACUGUUCUCGAGACCAGUACAUCCAGCUGCUUUCGCUGAGGAAGUGGAUCAUCCGCCAUCUGACAUGGGGAUGGGGGCUGAUGUUCUGGAAUCUGGAGACACCACGCCCCCCACCAAGAGGAAAAGCAAGUUCUCAGGCUUUGGCAAGAUCUUCAAACCUUGGAAGUGGAGGAAAAAGAAAAGCAGUGACAAAUUCAAGGAGACUUCAGAAGUUUUAGAACGAAAGAUUUCUAUGCGAAAGCCAAGAGAGGAGCUGGUUAAAAGAGGGGUUCUGUUGGAAGACCCUGAGCAGGAUGGAGAGGAACCAGACAAACUCAGCCAUACUGCAUUGAAGAAUGGGCAUACAGUCCCCAUUGGUGGUUCUGGGGUGUCAAACUUGGAGGAAGAAGUUGAGAAGAAGUCAAGUCUUAGAAAGUCUAUUCCAGUUGAGGAACCAAAUAAAAGACUAGGCUCAUCCAGUAGCAAUCCCAGUUCAGAAAUGGAGCCUCCUCAUGAGCCGCAAGCACCCAAACAGCCUUUGCUUCCUCCGAAAAGACCCUUGUCCUCUUCUCAGGAGGCAAGUGAUGUGCAGGUGAGGGAUCCCGCCCCUGCCAGCCGCACCACAAGGACUGCAUCCUCCUCUACUGUUACUGCCGCCACCAGCAUAUCCAAGACGGUCAGUUCCACAGUCGCCCCUUGCCCAGCCCCCAGGACUGUGCCCCCUGCUCUUGCCAGCACUAACACUACUGCUGCCACAAGUACAACCAGCGUGGUGCCCGCCAAACAGCCCCCCAUCCCGCCCCCGAAGCCUGUGAACAGAAAUAGCAACCCUUUAAUAGCUGAACUGUCUCAAGCAGUGAACAGUAGUAUGGGCUUAACAAAGCCUUCCCCGCCCCUACCACCCAAGAGAGGCAUUCCAUCUAACAUGGCACCCUCACUGGAGUCAACUGCUGCCUCGAAACCACCAAGUGAUAGGGUAGUGACAGCUACUCGUCCCGCAUCGAUACCAGUGCAUAUCACCGUGUCUCACCCGCCACCGUCGCCUUCUCCGCCAUUGCCCAGCCACAUACCUCCCGAGCCCCCGCGCACGCCCCUGCCUGCCUCCAGCCCUGUGACGGAACCCCAGUUCUCCCUGGAACUGCCCAAGGAGACCCCUGCACAGGAAGAUCUCAGGUCACUGGAAGUGCCCAAGUGGGCGGCAGAGCAGGGGUUCGGAGAACCUCACUUGCCAAUGCGGCUGCUCCAAAUCCCACUGCACAUCCGGAUCCAGCAGGCGCUGACGAGCCCCCUGCCAGUUACCCCACCUGCAGAGGGGUCGCACAGGGCUCACUCGCUGCUCUUCGAAAGUGACAGCCCCUACGAGGACAACAGCACCCUGGGCCGGGCCAGGUCGCUGCCGGUCACCAUCGAGAUGCUGAAAGUUCCAGAUGAUGAUGAAGAGGAGGAGGAAGCAGACCAGGAGGGCGAACAGAGUUCAGGUCCUCACGUUUACAUUGGAGAUGCACCAUCUGUCACAAUCAUUCCUAGGCUAAUGCCACAGCCCCUGCAGGAGGAAGAGGAGGGGACGAGUGAUUCGGACUCGGAGGGACCCAUCCUGUAUAAGGAUGAGGAAGAUGAAGAGGAUGAUGAAAGCCAUAACAGCGCUCUAGCUAACAAGGUGAAGAGGAAAGAUACAUUGGCCAUGAAACUGGGCAACAUGGCCACGCAGCAGGAGCUGGAGGAAAAGAAUGCUUUCCCUCGGAAGAGCAAGGAGGAGUGGAAUGAAAUUCGGCAACAGAUUGGGACAGCAUUGAUCAGGCGACUAAGUCAGAGACCAACAGCAGAAGAGCUGGAGCAAAGGAACAUACUUCAACAAAAAAAUGAGGCCGACCGGCAGGCUGAGAAGCGGGAGAUUAAACGCCGCCUCACCAGAAAGCUUAGUCAAAGGCCUACAGUGGCUGAACUGCAAGCUAGGAAGAUCCUGAGGUUUCAUGAAUAUGUGGAAGUGACAGAUGCUCAGGACUAUGACCGGAGAGCAGAUAAGCCGUGGACAAAACUCACACCCGCUGACAAGGCUGCCAUCCGAAAGGAACUGAAUGAGUUUAAAAGCUCUGAAAUGCAAGUCCAUGAAGACAGCAAACACUUCACACGGUUCCACCGGCCAUGAUCCUCCAGAAGAGGGAAUGAGAGAGACCAGAGGAGAGAGGAUUGAAAGCGCGUGCUAUUUCCAUCUACUGGGCAAUAUAGUGGAGGAGAACCUUGGGGCUCAUCUAAGCUUUGCCUUGAAAACAUACCCAGAAAAGGGCUCUGAGCUGGGGCACAGGGGGAUCCUAUCUGAAUGUAGCAUUUCACUGGAACAAAUGCAUCUUGAGUGCCAUCAGGCUGGAACUGAACACUAUACCUCGCAUGAUACAGCAAUACUCCCCAGGGCAUCCAGGCAUCUCGGCUCACCUUCCUGAGGACCACACCGGCAUUGGAACUGAGCUCUUCCACUCCUCCCCUAGCUCCCUUUAUUGCUCCCGAUGAGCCCUGUUCUCCACUGUAAAUAGUCCUUACAAACUGGUUGGAACUUUUUGUUUUUCCCUUUUUGGGAAGGGGGAAAAAAUAAUCUAAGCUCUGAUGUUCCAGAGAGCUGGGAAGCAUGUGUGUAUAUUUGCUGUGUACAAAGGAAACCUUUUUAAAAAAUGCUGACCUGGCAGGAAACUGACAUGUGACUAUUUUUGGUUUGGCUUGCUUCUUUUUAAUGUACUUAAUAUUCUGAAUCACUACUGACCAAUGAUAUGUUGCCCUGGAAGGGAAAUUGUAUAGAUCUUAACAAUAUAUGCUGCAUCUUGUAAA